UCUCUCCUCCGCCGGGGACCCCCUCAGGGCGUCCCCAGGGUCCCAUUUUGGGAGGGAACGAUUCGGGAAUUCCUCGUGUCCCUUUCCCAGCCCUGGAGGAGAUGUGGGGCGCAGGGAAGGUCCUGUCCCCCAAAGGGGACCCCCCGUGUAGGAUGGCAGAGAAUUUGGGGUGGGGGUUCCCCGUGGGGGUGGGACAGCACCGGCUGUCCUGUCCUGGGGGUACCGGGGCCCCACAGAGCUGGCACGGGGCAGUGACGGUUUUGGGGGGCCUGGUGAGCCAGGGGACCACGCCAGGGCCCCGAGGGGUGCCUGGCACCCCGCACUGCCCGCUGGUGGGGUCACACGGAUUGGUAAUGGGAUCACAGCUUGUUAAUGGGGUCACACACAUCACUGAUGGGAUCACAAGCUCAUUAAUGGGGAUCACAGUUCGUUAUUGGGAUCACAGAUCAUUAAUGGGAUCACAAGCUGAUUGAUGGGAUUACAGCUCGUAAAUGGGAUCACACAACUCAUAAAUGGGAUCACACGCCUCGUUAAUGGGAUCACAGGCUGAUUAAUGGGAUCACAGCUCAUAAAUGGGAUCACAGGCUGAUUAAUGGGAUUACGGCUCAUAAAUGGGAUCACACAGCUCAUAAAUGGGAUCACAAGCUCGUUAAUGGGAUCACAGCUAAUUAAUGGGAUCACACAGCUCGUAAAUGGGAUCAUACAGUGCAUUAAUGGGAUCACACACCUCAUUGAUGGGAUCACACACCUCAUUGAUGGGAUCACAGUGCAUUAAUGGGAUCACACACCUCAUUGAUGGGAUCACAAGCUCGUUAAUGGGAUCACGACUCAUUGAUGGGAUCACAGGCUGAUUGACGGGAUCACACGCCUCGUUAGCCAAAAAUGAGGCGCGGGCGAAACCGCGGCGGUGCCCGGGGGCCCGGCGCUGCCCGGGCAGUGCCCGUGCCCGGCUAUAAAUGCCCGGUGAGCGCCGGUGCCGCAUCCCCGCGGAGCCGAUCUGCGCCCGGUGAGCCGGUGAGUGCCGCUGCCCUCAGCCCGCUCCCCAAACCCGCCCGGGGUGGCAGGGGCUGACGGCCGUGCCCGCAGGCCCCAUGGCGUGUCCCCUGGAGCAGGCCAUGGCCAUCAUGGUCACCACCUUCCACAAGUACUCGGCCAGGGAGGGCGACAGGUUCAAGCUCAGCAAGGCCGAGCUCAAGGAGCUGCUCAACAAGGAGCUGCCCGCCUUCGGCAGCAAACAAAUGGACGAGGUCGAGUUCAAGCGGCUGAUGAACGACCUGGACCACGACAAGGACAGCGAGGUGGACUUCAAGGAGUACGUUUGUUUCCUGGCCUGCGUCACCAUGGCCUUCAACGACUUCUUCAAGGAUGACCCCGGCAAGCAGCAGCGCAGGAAGUGACCCCCGAGUGACCCCCGAGUGACCCCCGAGUGACCCCUCGAUGACCCCUCAAUGACCCCA